AUCACUAAUUUCAAUAAAAACAUACGCUGUGGCGGCGGAAAUUUAGUUUCUCCUAGAAAAGCUGGGAAAACUACUGCAAUAGAAAGCUGAUAAGCUACAAAAAUCCUAUGAGUUGAUAUAGGCUCUACAAAAAAUUCGUCUGUGCGAAGGGUUGUUGUGCCCUGCAUCAUUCACCAGCUCUGAUUAGUUCAUGAUGUCGUCGACCUCGGCAGCUGCUUCCAACACAGGUCCCUCAAAACCAGAGGUUCGCUACCUAACCGAAGUGCCAAGCAGCCUGAAGCAACUGGCUCGCCUCGUAGUGAGAGGUUUCUACUCCCUGGAAGAUGCUCUAAUCAUAGAUAUGCUGGUGCGAAAUCCCUGUAUGAAGGAGGAUGACAUUGGAGAACUGCUGCGGUUUGAAAAGAAGCAGCUUCGAGCAAGGAUCACCACACUGAAAACCGACAAGUUCAUCCAGAUUCGUCUGAAAAUGGAAACAGGGCCCGAUGGAAAGGCUCAAAAGGUUAACUACUUUUUUAUCAACUACAAGACCUUUGUGAACGUGGUAAAAUACAAGUUGGAUCUGAUGCGUAAGCGCAUGGAGACAGAGGAGCGAGACGCCACCAGUCGGGCCAGCUUUAAGUGUUCCAUGUGCUCCAAGACGUUUACAGACCUUGAAGCAGAUCAGCUUUUCGACAUGGCCACGCUGGAGUUUCGAUGCACAUAUUGCGGCAGCUCUGUGGAGGAGGACAGUGCUGCCAUGCCCAAGAAGGACUCGCGACUUCUGCUAGCACAUUUCAAUGAGCAGCUCCAGCCUCUUUACGACCUACUUCAGGAAGUUGAAGGCAUUAAGUUAGCGCCUGAAGUGCUUGAACCGGAGCCCGUGGACCUCGAUACGAUAAGAGGGCUGACGAAGCCUAACUCGAUGCGACCGGAUAGCAUGCAAUGGUCGGGAGAGGCCACGAGAAACCAAGGCUUUGCCGUGGAGGAAACUCGGGUGGAUGUUACCAUAGGCGGCGACGAUACGGCGGACUCUGUUGUAGAACGCAAAUCCCGUCCGAUUUGGAUGACGGAGAGCACUGUGAUAACCGACGUGGAUACCACCGAUGGCAGCGGAACACAGGAUGUGGCGCAAUCCAGCGGAUCCGGACAUAGAAACCGAAAGGAGAAUGAGGACAUAAUGUCAGUACUGCUGCAGCACGAAAAGCAACCAGGCCAAAAGGAGCCGCACAUGAAGGGCAUGCGUAAUAACACCUCGAACGCCAACUCUAGCGAUUCCAGUGAUGAUGAAAAGGAUAUCGACAACGCCAAGAUUCCGGACGUCGAUUUUGAUACGUACAUGAAUUCAGAUUCCGGAGAGGACGACGACGAUGUGCCCACUGUACUGGUGGCUGGACGGCCACAUCCCCUCGACCAGCUAGACGACAACCUGAUAGCCCAGAUGACGGCCCAGGAAAAAGAGAAUUACAUACACGUCUACCAGCAACAUUACAGCCACAUAUACGAUUGAGGGAAUGCUCCUAUUAUUGUUCACCUUUCCCCGAAGAACCCCAUUUAACAAAUAGAAUAAAUCUAAUUGUAAGUUAUCCACUAAUUUCAAAAUACUUGUACAAACGAAUUGCAUAUAAAACGGGAACAUAUACAAAAGUGUGAA